AUGGGAUCAGAGAAGGCGGGACCAUGGCUCAAAGCUGUGUGUUUUGCCUUGUGUUCUCUUCUUCCCCCGAGCAGCAACACCGCGACCUUCACAUCAUCCCAAGCACUCGCGUCAGUUGUCUGCGGAAUCCCGUCCUCCACGGUGUGCAAGUACACCACAUGCUCUGCCAACUCCGUCAUGGUCCCGGAUUGUGUGUGCAACAAGGGCUUUCAGUAUGCUCCUAACAGCAACACCUGCGUUGAUAAAUGUACUUUGGUGAACUGUGGCCCCAACGGCAAGUGCAUCAAGGAUGCGAAUGGAACUCCCACCUGUGCUUGCAACGCUGGCUUCCAGAUGCCUCCCGACAGGAUCACUUGCGUUGACAAGUGCGAGUUUGUGACGUGCAAGGCCAACUCAACGUGCGUCAAGGAUGCCAACGGGAAUACAACUUGCGAGUGCAUCAAGGGCUUCGAGAGGCUUUCGGGCAACGACACUUGCGUUGACAAGUGUGAAUCAGUGGAUUGUGGGACCGGCGGCAAGUGCAGGACGGAUGCAGAUGGAAAUCCGGAAUGUACUUGCUUCACCGGCUUCACGCAGCAGUAUGAUGGCACUUGCAUCGACAACUGUGAUUUGGCUGGUUUCUACUGUGAGCCCGGCUCAUGCAAGAAGGAUACGAAGGGAAAUCCGUAUUGUGAAUGCGGCCCAGGCUACAGACUGUCUGCUGAGGGGCGCUUUUGCAUUGACAUUUGUGACGCAGUGGAUUGUGGCGAAGGCACGUGCGUGAAGAGAUUUGAUGAGGAGGGCAACGGACAUGCAGAAUGCGAUUGCCCCGUGGGCUACCAAGUGGAUGGGAGUGGGCGCUGCACUG